ACCUGUUUGGAGGUAAGGUUACCUCCCUUCCACACCUCCCACCUCCUUGGAGGCAAGAGCAACAACAGUGAGACACAGAAAAAGGAUACAGAAGGGCUUAGGAGCUGGGACAACCAGCUCCCGGAGAGCUGCAAGUGUUUAAGGGAGCCAGGAAGACCUGUGAAGAUGGGAACCACACAAGAGGCAGGAGAGAAGACAUUAGAUCUUGGGGCCAUGGAGGAUGCCGAAUCCCGGAAGCCAGCAGGAUCCCUGAGAUUUGGGGAACUGGAGCUGAGGGAGGAGUGGCAGGAUGAAGACUUCCCCAGAUUUCUUCCUGAAGAAGCAGAUCCCUCUGAAGAUCCUGACAAUCCUGAGAGAGAUUCACAGGCAGGUACUCCCAGCACUUUAGCCCUGUGUGGCCCACGCCCCAUGCGUAAACGUCUUUCUGCCCCAGAGUUGAGACUGAAUCUGACUAAGGGGACUGGAGGCGAUGGAACUUGUCCCACUCACUCCGUACCUUCCUCUCCUGAUGGCAGUUCUGACCUGGAAGUGGAUGAAUUGGAGACACCUUCAGACUCGGAGCAGCUGGACAGUGGACAUGAAUUUGAAUGGGAAGAUGACCUACCCCGGGCAGAGGGGCUGGGGGCCAGUGAGGCAGUGGAAAGGCUGGGCCGGGCUUGUAUGCGGGAUGUGGCUGGAGAAGAUGGUCGUCACUGGAGGGUGUUCCGAACAGGACAGAGGGAGCAGCGAGUGGACAUGACUGUCAUUGAACACUAUAAGAAAGUCCUCUCUCAUGGAGGUUACCAUGGUGAGGGCCUCAAUGCUGUCAUCGUCUUUGCUUCCUGUUACCUCCCCAGCAGCAGCAUCCCCAACUAUACCUAUGUCAUGGAGCACCUUUUCAGGUAUAUGGUGGGAACUCUGGAGCUUCUGGUAGCUGAAAAUUACCUGCUCGUGCACUUGAGUGGAGGCACAAGUAGGGCCCAGGUCCCGCCUCUGGGCUGGAUGCGCCAGUGUUACCACACUCUGGACCGGCGGCUCCGGAAAAACCUGCGUGCCCUGGUGGUUGUCCAUGCCACGUGGUAUGUGAAGGCAUUCCUGGCACUGCUUCGGCCCUUCAUCAGUUCCAAGUUUACACGAAAGAUCCGUUUUCUGAACAGCCUGGGAGAGCUGGCCCAACUCAUCUCCUUGGAUCAGGUUCACAUUCCUGAAGCUGUCAGACAGCUGGACCGUCUCCAUGGCUCAGGAGGGACAUAGCAGGCCUUAGAACCAAGCAAAAGAAACUGAUCUGCCUGGACCCUAACCCUGAAACAUCUGGGCUCUUCCCUAAAGUAAAGCAUCCUCCACCCCAGUACCACCAGACCUUCACAUCUCACUGGGGUUUCAUUCCUCUCAUGACCUUGCCUUCAAAGCAGGACUCCAACGGUCCAGAAGGUGACCUGCAGGCUGACCAGCAUCUCAGCUGUAGGGGCACAUGUAGUGGCAUCUUGUGUGGGAGAGGGCCAGGCUAUGGCUCUCAGUCCUGCUUCAGCCUCAGCCCUUUGGCCCAGAUACCUGCAUCUCUGAGUGUCAUUGUCCUCCCCUGUGAAUGAAGGUGCCCAGACCCUCUUGCCCUGGGGCACUCUACCAGUCUGUGAAACUCCGCCAGAGGGGAGGGGAGGGCAGGGCUCGACUGACCGCAGCCAGCCUGUCGUUUGGGAACCAAGACUCACUCCCUAAAUCUUGGAAGAGCUGCCCUUUCCUUCUCUGUCACGUCUGCUAGCGUGAACCUGGGAAGGGAUGCUUUUCAAACUUGUCCUUUUGUCCUCUUUAGCAAAUUCAGAUCUAUAGCGGUUAAUAAACUGCCCUGCUCGAUUUCA